AUGCCUCUCGUGGUCCCGGGACUCAUGUCCGAAGGCGGCAAUGAUAAGACCAACGACUGGAUGAACAUGUUGAUGGGGAAGAAGAUUGGAGAUAGCAGCAACGAGACGACCUUCGCCAAGACCGACCUCCCCAAGGAGCACCGCAUGAUCAAGGAGGGCGACAUGUCGACGAUGGAUCAUAAGCCGGAGAGGCUGAAUAUCCACACGGCGGAUGAUGGGACGGUGACUAAGGUUACACACGGUUGA